UGGAGAUUGCGUCUUUCACUUCAAAUACGUGUGUAUCCUUUAUUACUGUAAAGAUUUGCAUAAUUUCUCGAUGGAACAGUCUUGUCAACACAGCAUUGUUUACGUAUAAAAAAUGAGUACCGGCUAAUUCGAGUAUAAAUCACAGUCGUAUUUCUUAAUUCUGACCAGUCCAAUCGUUCUCUGUACUUGGUGACGAACUCUGAAAAAUUAAACGUCUCGUUGUCGGACGUGUGCCAGCCAGUUCGUCUCUCGUCGAGUCACGGCCAGGACCACGAUAGUGCGACGCAUACAUUUGUAUGCAAUUACUAGAAACGAGAAUUCAAGCCGUGGCCCGUGUCGAUCUCGUACUUCGGAGUAGGAAGUUAGUGGUGAACCCUGUAUUUUGCAGUUCGAUCAGAUCAAACGCGAUGCGUGAAGGGUUGCUUGAGAGAAUCGCGAUACUACUGCAUUGCACACCGAUAGGUAAAUGCGAAGCCAUUCUAUCAGUUACUACCCUAGUAUUCUCUAUCGCUAUCUACGACUAGCAAACGUUUCGAUUCAAACUGGAUCGCAUCCCAGAUAACGUUACACGUCAAAUGUAUUGUUCCCUUAAGAAGAAGAAUCGAACGAGCGAAUCGCAUCUGUACCCACGAGAACCUUAUCUUUCCAACGUAAAAUGUCACUCGAGGUGGAAUGAGACCCCGAAGAAUAGAUAGUUUUUAUUCGAUGAAACGAUGACAAUACAUCGAAAAUAGGAAUGGAUAGAUUCGUGUCAAAGAACUAAUUCUAUUGCUGGCGCAGGGAGCGCGAAAAUCUAUAUUCGUUCUCUCUGAGACGAGCAGAGGGUAUCGUUGUCUUCGUGCUCGAACGAAAUCACCGCCCGAAGAUCGUUCUUAUCGGCUCCUAUUUACGUCGGAUAACAUCGUAUUAAAACAAUUCAUGUACUCUUCGCCUGUCUGUACCUGUCGUUAGCCUCCGGGUUCCCUUUCUCCGUCGUCUCUCGCGGUUGCAUAAGCGCAAAGGCUGCAUACACGAUAGCGUCGAUACUGACGAUCAGCUCGUUCACUGCAUUUCAUGUACGUGCGUACAUAAAUACAUAACAGAGCAGCAGGUGUUUUCACGAGACCAAAUACUCAACAAGUCUCGAUGAUGAUUGUUUCGGUAUUAAGAAACAAAAGACGAAGGCAAUUUAUACGGACAUACGACGACAAAUGAGGCGGGGAUUUUUGUGCAAAACGAAACAUUCGCGGCCACCGCGAUGUGCGUUCACUUUUGAUAUUUGAUAUACCUAGUUUUACGCAUCGCACGGAUUGUUCGUCGCUCGUUCAGUCUGUUUUUAUGCGGAUAAAAUCCGUGGUCUAACGAUAAAACCGUAUGACGGUGUGUCAUCCCGUUACAAAACAUGGAACCGAGACUUGUCCGUUUUACGCAAUAACACCGUUAAAGAUGUUGUCCCGUUUAAGGUAAAUUGGAUCAGUCGCCGUCGAACCGAUUAAAAUUUACUAGGCAAGGUGAUUCGUCGUAUUCAAACUGCCUGCAUUUUCGAAAUCGAUGCCACAAGUAUUUUAUUCUGCAUAAGAAACCGCGGCUUACCGUUAGGUAUUUCGUAUGAUCGUUCUUAUCGAUUCGUCCCGUAGAUAUAAAAUCCGAAAGAGAGAGAGAGAGUGAGAGAGACAGAGAGACGAAGGAUAGAAAGCCUAGACAGAGUAGGCAAUUCUUUUGAGAAGAAUCGCACGGAGAUAAUAUAGGAGAAGAAACGAGCGGAAAGACGAAUGCGACGACGGUGGUGAAGCAAAACAGGAGAUCCGCGAGCAGCGAGCAGAGGGAAGAGGUGGGUCUGUGGGUGGGUCGGAGGGUGAAGUUGCGCGGAGCGGAUAGAACAGACAGGAGAAGAGUAUAGGCGCAGGCGUGGAAUGGACACGAUGAACGCUCGGCAUCCGCGUGGCGCGAGUUAGAAGUUGGCUUCGUGCUCUUACAAUUAGUCUCGACCCGUGUCCCCUUCUCGUUCAUUCUCGCCCCGUAACAGGAAAGCGAACAGGCGAAGAGAAACGACGAGAAGAAACCAAGACGUUCCUGGAGUUCUUUCGUCUCGUCGUUGUCGUCGUCGCUCGAAGAAGGAAAGAGAGGACGAUGAAGACGAUCGUUCUUCUCGUCGUCAGUUGGCCCAGCGUUCUGGCCCGUCUUCGCGUGGAACGCGUACUUUCGUAGCAGAGGGAACACUUGCCAUUGUUCGGCCCGUUAGAAUUGGAGGAGACGAAAAUGUCCGAGAAGAGCGUCCGGGAGCCGACCGCGAACGAUAUUCCGAAGGAGAAGAUCACGAGAAAGAAGAAGAAUACCGCGCAGCGGCGAUGGCGUAUUCUCGCUAAAGCGCUGAUCGGAUCUCGGAGAUCUAUGGACACUGAAGACGAGAACGAAGUCUCCGUUCGCCGUUUCACCAGUUUCCAACUAUUCAGAGUUAACCGCGUGGACCCUGCGAUGGAUCAGGACGCCGGGGUUUGGUCCGAGUACUCGGCCGUCGCGGAGAACAAACUGUUCACGCUGCAGAUUCAUCGACUGAAGAGGAAUUUCACGGCGAACGAAUUGAUCGGUUUCAACAACACCGGGAACAUCUGCGUCUGGCCAUCGGAGGAAUGCUUGGCCUACUACUUGCUGAAGAACCGGCACCUGUGCCGAGACAGAAGGGUCCUCGAGCUCGGCGGCGGCAUGAGCUGCUUGGCAGGGAUGAUCGCGGCCAAGUACUGCGAUCCGAGGCAAGUUACGUUGACGGACGGCAACGUGACCAGCGCAAACAACGUGCAACGGAUCGUGGCCAGAAACGGCAUGUCCGAUCUCGUGGAAUGCGGCGUGGUUCAGUGGGGAAGAGCAGCAAGAGCGAUAAGAAUGGCCAGAGCGUCCAGGGCUUUCGCCCCCAACGAGCAGAGAGUCAAGAACUGGACCGGUGGCGGUGGGAAGGACCUUGCGAAAUUUGCGGAUAGACUGUACGACGUGAUCCUGUGCGCGGACUGUCUGUUCUUCGACGAGGCCCGAUCGGACUUGGUGGAAACGAUGUACGGAUGGCUGGCGAACGACGGCCUCGCGUUGGUGAUGGCGCCCGGGAGGGGUUCGACCUUCGAAAAAUUCGCCGAGGCCGCGGUCAAACGGGGUUUCGUCGCGCGACAGAUAGACCGUUACGACGGCAAGAUUUGGUCCAGGCAUUUGGAAUUAUUGGAGCACAGCCAGGAGUAUUGUCCGGACCUCCAUUAUCCGAUCCUUCUAGAGCUGACGAAGCAAAAGAAAACGCUGCUAGGAUGAUCCUCAUCGAUCAUCGAGCGUGUCGCGGUCCAGAACCCCUUCAUUCCUUCUUCCAAUCAAUUUACUUCUUUCGUUCACCGAUUCCGAUUCCCGCUUGUUCCGAGUUUCACGCGUGUUCCUGUAUACGUUUCUACAGCUUAAAGUCGUUUACUCGCCACGCGACGCGCGUGUCCGAGGCGAGUAGCCGUGAACGAUAGUAUUUCAAGUACCUGAUGUUAGAUGGAUAGAAAUUGGAAAACUCUCGCCACUGACGAGUCACCGUCUCGGAGUGCAACGGGACGUUGUUACGCGCGUAGUAUUAAGUUCCUUCAUCCGUUAGAGUCAUCUCGAAAGACGACCUCGCAGAACUGAAUGAGCAUCAAAUAUCAGCCGACGUAAAUGUUCAAUCGAGGGUCCAAUUCGUGAUUUCUUUAUGAAAGACUUUCACGUAAAAUCGUAGCAUCGCACGUCUUCGUUCACAAAUGUUGGAACACUUCUUAAUGCUCAUUGUCUCAAUCUGUUCGUUCGUACUCGAGUAUAGGACAUAAAAUAUAAAAUGUCCUGAGACUUACGAACGCGGAGGUGCACGCGUAAAAACUACGUGAUUCGUCAGUUGACUGACUUAAUUAUUUAUUUAUUUAGUCAUUCAUUUAUUUAUUUAUUUAUUUAUUUAUUUACUCAUUCUCCUAAGACGUCUGCGAUCCGACGAGAACCAUUGUCCCGAGGGAUAGGAUAAUUACCGUAGAGUGCCUAUCAAUCGUAGGGUAUUCAUGUUUCACUUGAAGCUACGACCAACCAGUUGAACUCGAAGGUCCAAUCUAGUCGUGUUUAGUCAGAGUUACCUAAUUUCCAUUUACUCGUAUCCACUGUCUACCUGUACCUUUAACGGAGAGAAUAACGUGUACUAUUUUUACGUAGGUGUGUACGUGGAGGCACGAGUGUGCCGAGCGAAUAUGUAAUAAAAUGUCAGGAACGAUGAAA